UAUCACUUCCGCUGUGAAUUCGAACCUGAUGACGUUGUUGGCAAAUCCCGUCAUGCUGUGCGUAGAAGAAGCGUGAGGGUGGGAGGGGAAGAGAGUUAGAGUUUUGUCGCCAUAUUGGGACCUAGGAGGAAAAAGGUUCUUGGUGGGGACUAAUUGGGUGAUUGCCCAGAGGAGCUGUGAGGCUUUUUCUCUCCCCCUUCUAUCUACGUGUCUCUAUCUGCAAUGGACCAGGAUUAUGAGAGACGGCUUCUACGGCAGAUCAACCUCCAGAAUGAGAACACCAUACCUUGUGCAUCAGAAAUGAGGAGGACAUUAACACCAACAAACUCUCCCAUGUCUUCACCAAGUAAACAUGGAGACAGGUUUAUACCAUCGCGGGCAGGAGCGAAUUGGAGCAUUAACUUCCACAGAAUAAAUGAGAAUGAAAAAUCCCCCAGUCAGAACAGAAAAGCCAAGGAUGCCACGGCAGACAGUGGCAAAGAUGGCCUAGCUUAUUCAGCUCUGCUUAAGAAUGAGCUGUUGGGAGCUGGUAUUGAGAAAGUUCAAGAUCCACAGACUGAAGAUAGACGACUACAACCAUCAACGCCAGAAAAAAAGAGCCUGUUUACGUACUCUCUAAGUUCUAAGCGUGCAAGCCCAGAUGAUGGAAAUGAAGUGUCUCCUUAUUCUUUGUCACCUGUCAGUAAUAAAAGCCAGAAGCUAUUGCGGUCUCCACGAAAGCCUACAAGGAAGAUUUCGAAGAUCCCCUUUAAAGUUCUGGAUGCACCUGAGUUACAAGAUGACUUUUACCUCAACCUAGUGGAUUGGUCAUCCCUCAAUGUUUUAAGUGUGGGCUUGGGAACUUGUGUGUACUUAUGGAGUGCAUGUACUAGCCAGGUGACUAGACUAUGUGACCUCUCUGUGGAAGGGGAUUCUGUAACUUCAGUUGGUUGGUCAGAGCGGGGAAACCUGGUAGCUGUGGGGACACACAAAGGCUUUGUUCAGAUUUGGGAUGCAUCAGCAGGGAAGAAACUGUCCACUCUGGAGGGACACACAGCCCGUGUGGGAGCCUUGGCUUGGAAUGCAGACCAGCUUUCCUCUGGGAGUAGGGACAGGAUGAUCUUACAAAGGGAUAUUCGCACACCACCUGUUCAGUCAGAGAGAAGGCUGCAAGGCCACAGGCAAGAAGUGUGUGGCCUCAAGUGGUCCACAGACCACCAGCUCCUGGCUUCAGGAGGGAAUGACAACAAGCUCUUGGUUUGGAACCAUUCUAGCCUGAGUCCUGUUCAACAGUAUACUGAACAUCUAGCUGCAGUGAAGGCAAUUGCCUGGUCCCCUCAUCAACAUGGCCUUUUGGCUUCAGGCGGGGGCACUGCUGACCGCUGCAUCCGCUUCUGGAACACACUGACAGGCCAGCCUUUACAGUGUAUUGAUACUGGCUCUCAAGUCUGUAACUUGGCCUGGUCUAAGCAUGCAAAUGAACUGGUAAGCACACAUGGCUACUCUCAAAAUCAGAUAUUAGUAUGGAAAUAUCCAUCGCUUACACAGGUGGCCAAGUUGACUGGACAUUCCUACCGUGUUCUCUACCUGGCUAUGUCACCAGAUGGGGAGGCCAUUGUUACAGGAGCAGGUGAUGAAACGCUGAGAUUCUGGAAUGUUUUUAGCAAAACACGCUCCACAAAGGAGUCUGUCUCGGUUCUAAACCUGUUCACGAGAAUACGAUAGAUUACUCAGCUGUGAGACCUGUCCUCCUAAACAUAUCCAUGCAUCAUUGGACAUUAACAAAGACUGGACUUCUAUGGAGCCUAGGGUCUCCAGUCAACUGAGGAUUUUUUGCACAAUACAUUGUAGUGACGGAUGUUAAUUAAAUAGCAAAACAUUUUCAGUAUAUAUGUUAUGUUGAACAGGGUUUGAAAGGGGACCACAAAUAGCCUGCUGCUGACAAUGGUAGAUAAAUGUGUUAAUGUAAAUGCUGAUGUAUUUGUUAGUGCUGUGGGAUUAACACAACCCUCUCCAAAUGAGAAAAGAAUAGAAAAACCACUGUGAACGCAGCAAACCCUGCCACAAAGAUAAAGCUGUGGUUUAUACCAGUGCAGAGUAUUUUACAUACUGAUCUUACAUACUGAACUUUUUUUUUUUUUUUUGCAUGCAGACAAAUUUCUGUGCCAUUUUCUUGAACUGUUGCUGCCCAGCAUAUCUUUCUGCAGCUUAAUAUCUUUCCGUUCCAAAUAAAUCACCAGCCAUCUCCGCAAGGGUUGUCAUGGGGUCGGGGCUUAUUUUUUUAAAAUGGUUGCUUUUUUGUGUGAAUUGCUUGUUGAUUCUGUUGCAGUUUAUUUUAAUGGAUGAUGACCAGUGUUUUAACGAAGAUGUUAUGGAAUAAUGACUGUCUUAUUUGUUCCCCACCAUGUGUUAAAAAUGUAGGAACCACCCAAAUACAGGUACCAUUUGAACAAAUUGAUGUGGGAACAAAAAGAAAUACAAGAAAAGCACUUAGUUUUUGGUUAGUGAAACUCACUUAUCUAUUGGUUUUUCUUUGGGGCAGUAUCAUUCAUUCCACCAGUGCCAAGAGGUAGAGUACCUAACCUCUCUAUUCUUUGUUUUAUAAGCAAAAGUAUAAUCCAAAUGAUAGUUUAAAAAUGUAUUUAUUUUGUGAAAGUGUGUGCCAUUUAAUUAUGUAUGAUUGUAAUCUGUUACAUCCAGACUAUGGGAAUAUUGUUUUCUCUGUCAGCAUUAUAUGUCAAAAUCUUGUGUGACUCUUAAAUAUCUAUCACUUCUGAUGCCACCUUCCUUUGUUUUGUCAUUUUUUUUAUUUUCCUAAAAGGUACUUUGUUUUUACAUUUUACUUUCUCUGCAUUUGGGUGCUGUUGCUCCAUUUUGGGCUUGUCUAUAGAGGCUGCCAGUCUUUGCACACCACUAACUUUUUGAACGCAAAUUGCUGAACUGUAUUUUUAUAUUUUGUCUGGUAUUCUUUUGGACAUGUAAAAUAACAGCUUGCAUAUAUUUA